ACAAAAACAAAGCCUCCUCACCAGAAGAAGAAAGCAUCCGCAAGCUAGCCGAUGCAAGUUAACAGUCAACGUAAACAUUGACACGUCUUUGAGCGUUUUAUGAUUAUUGGAUCGAUUUUAGUUUUAUUUUUUUAAUGCAUCAACUCGGAAAUCACCUCAUGAUGUGAGAUAAAUACUGUUCUGAUGAUCCGUUCAGUUUGCUAGGCUAACGGAUGUGGAAAGGCCUGCUGAAGUUGAUGCCCUGCUAACAAACGCCAAUGAUUCAGCUGGAGAAACCAGUGCUGACUGGUACUAUGCCAGUGGUAUGGCCCACCAUCCUCGACCUGGGGAGGGAUGAGUGCAAAAGAAUCCUCCGUAAACUGGAGCUGGAGGCUUAUGCUGGAGUCAUCAGUGCUCUGCGAGCUCAAGGAGACCUGACGAAGGAUAAGAAGGAUCUGCUGGCGGGGCUCACUAAAAUCCUUGGCAUCUCUACGGAGCGACACCGUGCAGAAGUCCGCCGGGCCGUUAACGAUGAGCGCCUCACCACGAUUGCAUACCACAUGUCGGGUCCCAACAGCUCGUCUGAAUGGUCCAUCGAAGGACGGCGGCUCGUUCCUUUGAUGCCCAGGCUGGUCCCUCAGACGGCUUUCACAGCCACGGCCAACGCUGUGGCCACCGUCACGGCCCAUCAGAACGCCUCGCUUCUCCUGCCAGCUGAAACGGGAAAUAAGGAGGUCAUCGUAUGCUACUCCUACACAAGCACCACCUCCACCUCCACCAGUGCCACAGCAUCCAGCGGGCUCGUAGGAGCAACGGUAAAGUCUCCACGACCCGUCAGCCCUUCAUCCAACGUGGUGGUGCUGCCCAGCGGGAGCACCGUUUAUGUGAAGAGUGUCAGUUGCUCUGACGACGACGAGAAGCCACGUAAGCGACGACGCACCAACUCAUCUAGCUCUACUCCGGUGAUGCUGAAGGAGGUUUCCAAGGUUUCCCCGCCAGUGUCGAAGAACAUCACGGUUCCUGUGAGCGGCAGCCCCAAGAUGAGCAACAUCAUGCAGAGCAUCGCCAACUCCCUGCCGCCUCACCUGUCCCCCGUCAAGAUCACCUUCACCAAGCCCACCAUCCAGACGACCAGCGCUACCACGCAGAAGGUGAUCAUCGUCACCACUUCCCCGAGCUCUGGCUUCGUGCCCAACAUCCUGUCAAAGUCUCACACACACAACAACGCCGCCGCCAAGCUGGGCGCCACCUCCACCAUUCUGACCACGCCCACCCAGAAAGUGGUUUUCCCUGCCGGCUCCUCUUCAAACACCGUCGCCGUGACAACGGUGGUCUCCUCCACUCCGUCGGUGGUCAUGUCAACCUCGGCACCAUCGUCAGUGGGAGUGAAGGUGGCUUCAGCCAGACUUCCCUCACCGAAGACCCUGAUGGGCUCGCCCACGCAGAUCCUGGCUCAGUUCUCCAAACAGCAGUCACCCAAACAGCUGCAGCAGAGUUCGCCUUUAGGCGGCUCUGGUUUGCCUCAGAACCAGACAGCCCCCACCCCACCAGGAGCCAAGCCCACCAUUCAGAUCAAACAGGAGUCCGGGGUGAAGAUAAUCACUCAGCAGGUGCAGCCCAGUAAAAUCCUGCCCAAACCUUCAUCUGUAGCGCUGUCCAGCAGCAGCUCUUCACCCAUCAUGGUCGUCAGUAGCAACGGCACCAUCAUGACCACCAAGCUGGUCACCCAGCCAACAGCCACCCAGACCACAUACACGAGACCCACAGUCGGCCCCAACAUCGGCACCAGAAUCUCAGCCUCCAGUGGCGGCACCACCUACGUGAAAACCACCAGUGGCAGCAUCAUCACGGUGGUUCCCAAAUCUCUGGCCUCUCUGGGCGGGAAGAUCAUCAGCAGCAACCUCAGCUCUGGUACAACAACUAAGAUCACCACCAUCCCCAUGACGUCCAAGCCGAACGUCAUCGUGGUGCAGAAAACGACGGGCAAAGGAGCGACCAUCCAGGGACUGCCGGGCAAAAACGUGGUUACGACGCUUUUAAACGCUGGAGGCGAGAAGAGCCUGCAGGCGGUGCAGGGAGCCAAACCCGCCAUCAUCACCACCUCCAGACCCAUCACCAAGAUGAUCGUAACGCAACCCAAAGGCCUGAGCUGCGGCUCUCCGUCCACCACCACCACCAAGAUCAUCCCGACCAAGAUCGUCUACGGUCAGCAGGGCAAGACCCAGGUUCUCAUCAAGCCUAAACCGGUUUUCCAGACGGCGGUGGUGAGCGAGCAGACCCGGCAGCUGGUCACGGAGACACUGCAGCAGGUGAGCCGCUCCGCCGAGGUCGGUCAAGGUCACGCCACGGGGCUAGACGGGUCUGUGAAGGAGGACGCCGGCGUUGUCACGGAGAUCAGCAGCUUAACGGGCGAGGCCACUCAGAGCACAUCUCAAGAGCCGGUAGUCCACGUGGUGUCUUCCAGAGAGCAGGACUGGACAGAACAGGAAGUAGCCGUGGAGUCCAGCACUGCCAUUAUAUACCAGGAGGUUACAGCUGGGGAAGCCCAAUCAGCUACUUCCACCAUCAAAGCAUUGGUGGAGCUGCAGCAGACAUCAGUAAAAGAGAAAGGCGAGCCCAGACCCAAGCAGCCAACCAUCGACCUGAGUCAGAUGGCCGUUCCCAUCCAGAUCCCGCAGGAGAAGCCAAGUCCCGACUCACCAACGCCGUCGACCUCUGAGGCCGAGCCGGGCGCUGAACAGGUCCAAGCAGGUAAAACCAGCCGAGUGGGAGAGCCCUCCGAGGAAGACGAUGCGGUCAUCUCUAGCCAGCUUCUGGAGAAGAGCAGCAGCCAGGUUGCCAUGGUAACCAAACCAGCCACAGCCUCCCCAGCGGCCAUGGCAUCGCACCUGCCAGCAGACAGUCGGGGUAAAACCGAGACGGCGCUAGAUGUGGCCGAGCUAGAGGGGGACACGUUGGACCCUCAGACGGGUUUGUUCUACCGCUCUAACCAAGCUGCUCCUGAUACGGUCAAACACACCAUCCAGUCUGCGGCAGCUCAGCCGCCUCCCAGUGAGGCCGAGUCAAGUCGGCAUAGCUACGCCACCACCCAGCAGGCCCCGCCCCCACCGCCACAGCUGCAGAGCAAACUUCAACUUGGCCAGCCUUCAUCUUCCUCCUCCACUCCUCUUCUGACUACGAAAAUCACAAAACCCCGAGAUCAGACUCCGCCCAAACCUCAGACCUUAACACAGAGCCCCAAAGACAGACCUGCUCCAACAGCACCUGCUCAGGUCGCGACAAAGGUCACGACCUCGAGCACACCAACCAAGCCCCUGCUAACACCACAGCUCCCAAAGCUACAGCAUGCCCCCACCUCCCUCCACAGGCCUCUGCACACAGCCAUGUCCCACCCCCCUCCCCUGCAGGCGCACCACCCAGUCAGCACGGAGAAAAACACCUCCAGCCAGCAGCCUAUCAUCACGCAGAGCGCCACCAUCACUAAGAUCACCUUUGGCGGUGCCCACCACCCAUCACCGGUCUUCAGCAGUGGGGAGGCAGCUGCCAAGCUGAUCCCAGAGUCCAGCUCAGGCGCUUCUGGCGCCAAGCCGUCUGUGUCGGACAUCCUGAAGAUCUCCAUGAUGGAGGCGGAGAUUGAUCCGAGCACGGAGGCCAUGAUCGUGGAUUCUUCCAGCGACUGCAGCCCACUGGGGAAAGCCCUGGAGGUCCAGGCCGUGUCGGGAACGUUGAACUCGGGCCAGUUCAUCAGCAGCUCGGGGUCCAGCGUGCACCACUCCCAUGCCAAGCCCCGUCAGUUCAGCUGCGUUCAGGGCCUCACAGCACAGAGGAGCAAAGAAGAUCUGGAAGUCAUAGAGGUGAUUCCUCAGUAUUCCAUCCUGCCGGACUCCAGCCAGUCUAACGUGGUGGUGGAGCCCAGCGGCUUCCUGGAGAUCACCAACUACACCAGCCAGCAGCUGGAGGAGGACAGCCCCAUGGAGCAGGAGGUGGACAGCAGCAAUGACGAGGCUGCAGCCACAAGCCCCCCCCGGCGGCCAUAGGCCUCUCGCCCUAGGGCAAACUCCUUCUCUACUUCUGACCUGGAAGGACUUUGUGUAAAAUAUUAGUUUUAGUCCAUUUCUAAAAGGUGCUUUCUGCUCCAAACACACAACGUUCCAGUCGAUCGCAGGACUUUUACUCAUAAAAAUGCAUCUCAGACUCCCAUCUGUGUCGAAGGACAACUUCUCUCAUCAUCUUAGACCAACUUUCGAACACUUCUGUGAUUUAAGGUUCCAGGAGAGGAAACUUCGCUAUAACAUGUUUAAUUUUUUCAGAAAAACGUGAAGCAGCAGCAGGAAGGAGACCUGAAGGAACAAUUCAUGUGUUGCUGUUGGUGUCAUUAAAAAGCUGUCGUCCUUGUUAGGAAACGUGUUCUUGACCUGCAGUGAGAUUUUCCACAGGUUUGUCUUUGCAUAGAAUUAUUAAACCGAGCAUUUCUUUUCUACCUGUUUUCAAACUAGAUGGCUAGUUGUAAAAAAAAUAUAUUUAAUCUGUAUAAUAAAUUAGCCAAAUCGAA